GCAGGGAAUAUUAUGGCUGGGUUUACCUGGGCGUCACUGAAGAAUAUCUAAUACCAAUCACCCAGGCCUGAACUUACAUCUAACAUAUGAUAUUAAUAGGUUAAUCCAUUCUAAGUACUAUUUAUUUAUCGCGAUACGUCACAGCCUAGUCGCGGGGCUUUAGCUCAUCUCUCAGCUGCAGAUGGAGCACAUCCGAGUACCAAAGGUGGAGAAUGUCAGACUCACUGACAGAAUCAACCCCAGGAAGUCCAGCGUGGGCACACUGUACCUGACAGCCACACACACCAUUUUUGUAGAGAGUGAGACUGGUGUCCGCUCGGAAACAUGGGUGCUUCACAGUUUGGUGUGCAGCGUGGAGAAACAAGCCCCCACAGCCACAGGAUGUCCUCUGCUCAUUCACUGCAAGAACUUCCAGGUUCUGCAUUUUGUCUUUCCUCAAGAGUGCGAUUGCCAUGAUGUCCAAGUGUCCUUACAGCGUCUCUCCCAGCCAGAGUGUUACGAGGAGCUGUAUUGCUUCUCCUACAAACCGAACAUUGAUAAGGAGGAGAGACAACAGCAGUGGGACUUCUUGGACCUCAAGGCUGAAUUCAGCAGGAUGGGAGUCCCAAACUCUCUCUGGAAACUCUCCUCUGUCAACCGAGACUACAAGGUUAGUGACACAUACCCAGCAGACCUCUUCGUCCCUAAAUCAGCCACGCCCCCUCUCAUCGUUGGAAGCUCCAAAUUUCGAAGCAGAGGGAGAUUUCCCACACUGUCAUACUACUGCAAAGAAAAUCAUGCUGCUAUCUGCCGCAGCAGCCAGCCUCUGUCAGGUUUCAGCGCACGCUGCCUGGAGGAUGAACAGAUGCUGGAGGCCAUCUUGAGGUCUAAUCCCCGCAGUGACUUCAUGUAUGUGGUGGACACCAGGCCUAAGUUAAAUGCCAUUGCAAAUCGAGCUGCAGGAAAAGGCUACGAAAAUGAGGACAACUACUCCAACAUAAAAUUUCAGUUCAUCGCCAUUGAGAACAUCCACGUCAUGAGGAACAGCCAGCAAAAAAUGCUAGAAGUGUGUGAGCUGCGGUCCCCCUCCAUGUCGGACUUCCUGGAGGGUCUGGAGAGCUCAGGGUGGCUGAAACACAUCAAAGCUGUCGUAGAUGCUGGCAUCUUCAUUGCCAAGGCUGUUGCAGAGGAAGGUGUCAGUGUCCUGGUUCACUGUUCGGACGGGUGGGACCGUACUGCACAAGUGUGUUCAGUGGCUUGUGUGCUGCUGGACCCCUACUACAGGACCCUCAGAGGAUUCAUGGUUCUCAUCGAGAGAGACUGGGUCUCAUUUGGACACAAGUUCUCUCACAGAUGUAACCACCUGGAUGGAGACCCUAAGGAGGUUUCUCCCAUCAUUGAUCAGUUUCUUGAAUGCGUGUGGCAGCUGAUGGAGCAGUUCCCCUGUGCCUUUGAGUUCAAUGAGAGGUUCCUUAUCACCAUCCACAGCCACAUCUACUCAUGUCAGUAUGGCAACUUCAUUGGCAACAACCAGCGAGAGAGGAAAGAGCUCGGAGUACGUGAGAGGACCCACUCUUUGUGGAUGUAUCUGUGGACAAACCGGACAGACUACAUCAACCCCCUGUACAGGCCAGACCACAGCCAGACUCAAGGCCUUCUCCGGCCAUCUACUGCCCCCUACUGUUUUAAAUUCUGGAGAGGUCUGUACAAUCGGUUUGACAAAGGGAUGCACCCUCGACAGUCUGUGCAGGACUACCUGAUGGCCAUACAGGAGGAGACGCAGCAGCUCGAGGAGCAGCUGGCCUCACACCAAAAGAAAAUUGAAAAGCUGGAGAAGGAGCAGCAGUGGAGUGUUGCUGGGAGAGAGGCCACCUUGGAUAAGAGCCCCACAGCAUGGGCUGGUAACGCAGGUGACUAUCUGGCUCUGGCCAACACGCCUCAGGACUACACCGAGGGCUUCAUCACCAGCAGCCCCUGCCAGCACAGAGCACCAGAGAGCAGCCUGAUCAUCCUGCCCCAGGAGUUGAACCAAACCUUUGACCCCAACCUCUCCAACAACAGCGACCAGGAGUCCGGCAUCGCAGACCUCAGUUGCCGCUCGCCCCUCAGUGAGGACAGCACCAGGGACCCAGACUCUGACGAGGCUGCCUACUUUGCUGCCUGAGUGAAUGCAGCAUGUUGCCAGUUGUCCAAAGGGCCCUUGAACAAUGACUGUAUUUUCAUGCAUGGAGUAACCUGGCAAGCGGCCACACUCCAGUUAAGGUCUUUUUCGGGUUAAGCUGUUUACCUGCACCUUUGAUAGCCUGUUUUGGAGACUAUCCCUGUUGCCAUAUUAACCAAUUAACACUUGUGCACUGCAGCUGACUGUAGUUACUUCUAUACACUGUAGUUGAAAAAAAAUGAUGAUUCUAGUAGUAAUAGCAAUAGUAAACACUACUGUCCAUCUUUUUUUUUUUUUUUUUUUGAUACCCAUAAGACUGCGAGUCUGUUUGCUUUGCUUGCUAGUCAUGUCAACCAGGUUUCUCAUAAUCCGAUUUUAACCAGGUUAUUUUAAUUAACUUUGCUAUUUAUACAUGUCACACUAAGAACAGAGUUCUCCACAUGUGUAAACACAGCCAGUGAGUGAGCUGACUUCAUCUUAUUAUUGAUGAGCCAUUUGAAACUGUGUGUGUGUGCAUGUCUGUUUACCUUGUGCAGGGUUGCUUUUUAUUUCAUGCCUUGCUAAAAACUAUUUAUGGUCUUCCUUUCACUUCAUGUGAUCACUAGGCCUUUACAGCAUGAAUUACAUUUUGUUUACAAAGCUUGUAAAGGGAAGUAUUUAUUUGCCACUGUAACUUGUGAUCGCCGGCUAGAGACGGGAACUUUGGGUUCAACACAUGACCUCAGUCUGACUUGAACAACCAGCAACAAUCCAUCACGUGUUAAUAUUCAAUUCAAAUGGCAAAGUAGGGGUAUUUCAGCACCAAAGUAUACAUUACAAAACAUCCAGAAUGACAUAAAAACACUGCACUACAACUCACUCCACACUCUACAGGAACCCCAGCUGUGUUCAGCCUUGUUUUUUGAGUCAUUACAACACUGCAACAAAUGGCCAGCGUUUCUUGUCCAGCACAAUGUGGCAAUGGACACCAAAAUACUGUAUUGUGAAAUCAAAAUAUAAUUUAGAAAUUUCACUGUAGACUAAAGAAUCAGACUGUUUGAUAAGACUGCUUUAUAAUUGUUGCGUGACAUUUCAGUCCACAUUUGUAAGUGCAAUAUUUGUGACCAAAUUCAUACCAAAGGGAAUCCAUAGUCUACUGGUUUAACUGUGCAUGCUGUAAAUAAUAAGACUGCUGUUUGCCUAACCAGCAGACUAGAGCACCACACAAAUGUACUGUCACUUUAGUUAUAGAACCAGAUCAUUCAUUGUCUUUCUGGGGAGCUGUGCCAUUUCUCUCUCUCUCUCUCUCUCGCUCUCUCUCUCUCUCUUUGCAGAACAAUCACAUACAGGGGGGAGGUUGUAAUAUGACAUAUUACUCCUUACUCACUGUAGUAGGCAUAUUACAAAUUCAUAAUGCACAGAUCAUUAAGCAAAUCAUGUUAAAGUAUUUUUGUACUGUGGUCUUUUUUUUUUUUUUUUUUUUGACUGCUGUUAUCUUGCUGUAUUUGCAUGUUUUAUUUGCAUCAAGAACAUCAGACGUCAUAUCUUGAGGGAUUCUGGCCAUGUACUGUAUGUCUGAAAGAAAGCGCUUUAUGUAAUGAGGUUUAUUUGUUCAGGUGGACCAAGCUGAUCUAAAUGCAAUAUUCUGAAAAUUGUGUAUGUUUAUUUGUGAAAUAAAUCUGGACUAUUGUUAUGA